AUGGCAGACAGCAACCGUGAAGAGUCAGUCCUGGGAGCCCUGCAGUGGAAACAGCUGCAUGUUUCAGAAACACGCACGCAGCAGACAACAAGAGCAACCUGUGUGUUGAACGGGAGCCACUUUAGUGAGGGAGCCAGAGGACUCAGCAUCCAGGAUGAGUGCAGAGGAGGACCCAGGACUCUGAGGCAGGAACUCGAGCGUAGGCGAGGAGCUCUCGGAGUCAGUGCUGGCGACGGCGCACUGAGCAAACAGGAGGGUGGCCCGGCCAGUGUGGCCGAGGGUCUGUCUAGCUGCUUCUGCCCCAGGAACAAGGUCUGUCCUGGUACUCAUGGCUUCCUUUUCUCCUGCAGACGCCCACUAUUGCUUGGUUCUACUUUCUUUAUCCCGACUGGCCGUCGGACUUAUGCCGGUGCAGUGGAGCCGGUUGGCAGCAAAGCUGUCCUGGUCACAGGCUGUGACUCUGGAUUUGGAUUCUCGUUGGCCAAGCAUCUACAUUCAAAAGGCUUCCUUGUGUUUGCUGGCUGCUUGAUGAAGGACAAGGGCCAUGAUGGGGUCAAGGAGCUGGACAGCCUAAACAGUGACCGACUGAGAACCGUCCAGCUCAAUGUCUGCAGCAGUGAAGAGGUGGAGAAAGUGGUGGAGAUCGUCCGCUCGAGCCUGAAGGACCCUGAGAAAGGGAUGUGGGGCCUCGUUAACAACGCCGGCAUCUCCACGUUCGGGGAGGUGGAGUUCACCAGCAUGGACACCUACAAGGAGGUGGCAGAGGUGAACCUGUGGGGCACAGUGCGGACGACGAAAUCCUUUCUCCCCCUCAUCCGAAGGGCCAAAGGCCGCGUCGUCAAUAUCAGCAGCAUGCUGGGCCGCAUGGCCAACCCGGCCCGCUCCCCGUACUGCAUCACCAAGUUCGGGGUAGAGGCUUUCUCGGACUGCCUGCGCUAUGAGAUGCACUCCCUGGGCGUGAAGGUCAGUGUGGUGGAGCCUGGCAACUUCAUCGUUGCCACCAGCCUCUACAGCCCCGAGAGCAUUCAGGCCAUCGCCAAGAAGAUGUGGGACGAGCUGCCUGAGGUCGUGCGCAAGGACUACGGCAAGAAGUACUUUGAUGAAAAGAUCGCCAAGAUGGAGACCUACUGCAGCAGUGGCUCCACAGACACGUCCUCUGUCAUGGAUGCCGUCACACACGCCCUGACCGCCACCACCCCCUACACCCGCUACCACCCCAUGGACUACUACUGGUGGCUGCGAAUGCAGAUCAUGACCCACUUGCCUGGAGCCAUCUCCGACAUGAUCUACAUCCGCUGAAGAGUCUCUGUGGCCUCUGUCAGCGAUCCCUGGUGGAAGGGGAGGGGAGGGAGGGAGGAACCCACAUAGUCAACUCUUGAUUAUCCGUGUGUGGAUUAUCCGCCACUCCAGGAAGACCCGUGACUGGUUUUAACAUUAACCAACGGGAAUAACCCAACCUGACUUGUUUGCAUAGUGAGUGACGGGCCUUCACAAGCAGGGUGUGGAGUGGCAGGCAGGGGCCUCUAAAUCUCAGGGCAAACAUGGCGAAUCUGUCUCUCUGGAGAUCAUUUCAUACAGCGAUUUCGAGAAAAGAUCUUUAUAUUAAAAACAUUUAUUAUA